AAGCUUCUCUUUAGAAGUGGAGCCUCUCCAAACUGACAGGACUACACAACAGACCCAGGAGAGACAACACACAGUUCUAGGAUUACUUCUUGAGGAAUAUUCUAAUCGAAAACUCACACUAACUUCACACAGCAUUUGGCUAUCAUUUUCUUCUGUUUAACAGUUUUCACCAGGAUUUGUACAACACAGGACUAUUUUGAAAUCAUUACAAUUCCUUUCACAAUAGUCCCACAGGCGUUGUGAGCCUGGCAAGCGAGGCUACUUUCACACAAGCUUCAACGUAUCUUUAAAGUAUCAUCAGUUGUUUUUGGACUAUUUGGGCUGUGGACUGUCCAAUUCACCGUCUUGAGUCACUCUGACUGCCUGGACCAUUUUAGGUUUUUCUAAACAGUUUUUGGAGACUAUUCUACCCUAGGACUACCCUACCUCUCAUUGCCAUGGCAAACAGCUGUCUCCAGCUCAGCGGUUUUGUGAUGAGUUGUAUCGGCUGGGUCGGGAUCCUUAUCGCCACGGCCACGAACGACUGGGUAGUGACAUGUAAAUACGGCAUGAACACCUGCAAGAAGAUGGACGAGUUAGGAGCCAAGGGCCUGUGGGCUGAAUGUGUCAUUUCAACCGCCCUCUAUCACUGUAUAUCACUGACACAGAUAUUGGACCUACCGGCAUACAUCCAGACGUCGAGGGCAUUGAUGAUAACUGGAUCCCUCCUGGGGCUGCCUGCAGUGGGGAUGGUCCUAACAGCCAUGCCCUGCAUCUCUCUGGGUGAUGAGCCUCAGUCAGCCAAGAACAAACGAUCCCUACUUGGGGGAGUUCUCAUACUGCUAGUGGCUCUCUGUGGGGGGGUGUCCACAGUAUGGUUUCCUAUUGGAGCCCACCAGGACCAGGGACUCAUGUCGUUUGGGUUCAGCCUGUACGCUGGCUGGGUGGGCACGGCCUUCUGUCUCCUGGGAGGCGCCAUGAUCACCUGCUGUUCUACUGAACCGUCCCAACACUACAAUCACCAUGACAACAACAGGUUCUACUACUCCAAAGGACAGGGGCCUGGCAACCCUGUUCCACCCUCCACUAACCACGCCAAGAGUGCCCAUGUUUAGACACACAUGAAGUACAUGCAUGCACACACACACACACAUGCACACACAGACACACACCAGUGGAGAGUAACUCAGAGCAGCGUCUAACCUGGUGACUGAGGAGAAACCAAGGGGUCCUGAUCAGGACAACCCUGCUCUGAUGAAGGACUUAUUUUCAUCUCUUUGUUAUACAAUGAAGGCUAGGUUUAGGGUUCUUUGUUCUACAAUGAAGGCUAGGGUUAGGGUUAGGGUUCUUUGUUCUACAAUGAAGGCUAGGGUUAGGGUUAGGGUUCUUUGUUCUACAAUGAAGGCUAGGGUUAGGGUUAGGGUUCUUUGUUCUACAAUGAAGGCUAGGGUUAGGGUUAGGGUUCUUUGUUCUACAAUGAAGGCUAGGGUUAGGGUUAGGGUUCUUCGUUCUACAAUGAAGGCUAGGGUUAGGGUUAGGGUUCUUUAUUUUACAAUGAAGGACAACUGUGGAUGGAAAGUACUGUACACCUAUCAGUGCAUUUUAUAGAAAAUAAGCGUACCUUUUUUAAUAAAGACUGUCAUGAUUUGUAGUUUUUUGAUAAAU